GAGCGCGGCCCUGGCGUACCAGAAGGGGGUUUUCGCUGGCCCUACGUAGCUGGCUCCCGAGUUCGACUCCGACGCCGCGAGACGCGAAGUAGCGAAGAGGUGGUGACGAGACGACCGAACGACCUCAGCCAAACAACCAGACCCCGUGUCAUCAUCGGCCCGUGUGAAAGCGAAACCGUCGCGACAAGUGUGGUAAAAAAGCCGAAGUCCCCCCCUCGAUAAGCAGCUGAAACCAUGAGUUACCAGAAGGGAGGCGUCCUGACCGUCAGCCUACGGCGAGACUUUAGCGCCACGCCGUGGGGGUUCCGACUUCAGGGUGGCUUCGACCUCAACGCCCCUCUCACCAUCCAGAGGGUGUUUCUGGGAAGUCCUUCCGAGGGCGAGCUGCACCGCGGUGACAUGGUGCUCAAGAUCGGUGACCGUGACACGUCCCGCAUGACCCACAACGAGGCGACCGAACUUAUCCGAAACAGCGGCAACAACCUGAACCUGGUCGUGAACAGGAGUCCUGGGCCUCACUCGCCGGCCUCAACCCCGACGACGCCCAAGCCUGCCGGCAUGGUGUCCGGCGGCCACCCUCUGGCCGGCGCCACGUACCGGCCCGCGGGACCGCCGGCCUAUGUGUCGCCCCAGAGCCCCGGCAUCACCAUUACGACGCAAAACGUCACGGUGCCGGCGUCAGGCCCACACCAGGAUGGCCAGUACCAAUACGAGCUGCGCCAGGGAUUCCUGGUGCCCGAGCCACUAGUCGAAAACAAGAUAGACGCGCUCAAGGAACAGGCCAAGAUUACCAACCAGACAUACAGGACAACUCCCCUGAUCACACCGUCCGCGAAGCCGCGGCGUGAUGUGACCAUCGGAUCGUACCUGCGGCACGUGAAAGAGCCUUACUUCACCACCAUGAAGAUGCCCGUCGACAGCCUGAACAAUCCUGAAGCAAUCGCCAAGAAGGUGCAGGAGACGGUGAACCAGGCGGCGUCCGGCAGUAACUCGCCGUGUUUCGGCCUGCCGGCCUCUGUGGCCACCAGCGGUGGCAGCGGCGGGCGCGUCACUCCAGGAGCGGAUGGGCCCAAAGUCGUGCACAACUUGUACAACUCGCCCAUUCAUCUCUACUCAACCCAGAACGUGGCCGACACGCUGGCCGCACAGACGGGCCUCAAGGUCGGUCAGGGCAACCUCCAGCCAUCUGGAACCGCCAGCCCUCAACAGCAGCAGCACUCACCGCGGAGCGUGGGCAGUGCUGGCAGUGGUACAGGCAUGGUCAAGCCUGGCACCAAGCUGAGUAGCGCAGCCGACAUCACUAUGUCACCCACCUACCAGAUGAUCCAUGGCGAGGAGUGGCGCGACAUACGCAAAAGCGAUCUCCAGGAGCACCGGCCAGUCCAGAAUCAGUUGUAUGCUGUGCAGCCGGACUAUGGCAAUGCGAUUAACGCGUUCGGCGCACCCAAGGGACGCAUCCAGCAGUCCAACAGCUUCAAGACUAUCAUGUCCACUGUCAUGACACCAAAGCUGCUCUAGAGCAACUACCUUUGAUGUAUGCUCCUGUACACGAACUCACGUUCACAGAGCCACACAAGGUUAGAGAAGGUCAAUGUGAAUGUGCUUUUUUACUUUCUUUUUUUGUCCAGCAAAAUGUGUGAGUCUUUACAAACUUGAGUUCGUCUACGAAACCCCGUUACAGGAGUGCCUUUAACCUUCAAGAUUGCACAAACAAGCUGGCGAGGUCACUGUUGAAAGCCCAAUGUUGUGAUGCACACGAGGUCCAGAGGCACCAAGAAACAAAUGCUUACACAGUGUCCUCCAGCUGGAAAGAGGCAAUUCGCAACAAUUUUGUGCAGGUCCUUUCAUUCAGGUGACGUAGUUAAAGCCAUUUGUGCCAAACGAUUGCAGUUUCACGAUUGAAGGUACCAAAAGAAACAAUUGUGAUCUGUGAUCCUCAAGACAACUUCAAAUUAAAACUUGCAAGAGAGCUAAUGUAUACAAUGAAUUAGUGUUUCUGGAUAUCCAAGAUGCCAUCAAACAUCAGUAAUGUAAAGCCAGCACGUAAGUGCAGUGUUAUUAAAAUGCCAAAUUUUUAUGAUUUUGUUUAAAGGUAAUAAAGACAGCUGUGAAAAUAAUGGCAUGUAAACUCACUGCAAAUACAAGAGGUUAGCCACUUAGUUCGGAUUGUCAAAAUAGUGAAUAUACAGCUCAUUUCCCCACAAACCCUGAAUCUCUCUGUUGCUUUCAAAGAAGAAAAAUGGUUUGCAAACAAGCUUCAGCCCAGCAAAUUAAUGGUCCAUGCUGCCAAAAUAGUGCUUCUGAGCUUGUAGAGGUUCAGUGUUUGUUGUGGCAUGUUGCAUACAACAUGCUACUAUAACUGACUACUAAGAUAAGAUUGAGAACCAAAUCGGUUCAAGACCGAUGAGCUAAAAAAUUCAAAGGGUCAUAACCACACAUCAGCUACACUGACCAUCAUUGUAUCUCGCUCCAAGACAAUUGUGCUUGUUGGUGAUUGUGGAUGCUAAUGUUUUCUUGCUUUGGAAGGAAUGCCAUAUAAGAGUUCAAUGCUUUUGCGUUGCGCUGGGUGUCCGAUAGUAGGGUAGUUCACAAGGAUGCCCUUUCAUUUCUUACAAUAUACCGAUUCUCUAUAUUUUCUUUUGAGUGAGACAUUUUUUCCUGGACACCACACAUAGAGAAGUGCUUCUGCAGUAAGGCACAAUAUGGCAGGUUUACUUUUUAUUCUGCUUGCAAUUUUUCUCUUUGCUGCAAAUGUCAUACGAUUGUUUCCCUGUCAUCCAAUCCUUCUGUUGGCAAAUAUUCAUUUGAAUGGCCUUCUCAAAUGUGCACUGAUAUAGUAGAGUAUACACUGACAAACUAUCCAUCAAAAGAACCAGUUGAAGUUGAACAAGAUCCCUCGGUGCAUACCAAGGCACACAUACAUAUUGCAUUUUUGAGGAAAAAAAGUGUGAUACCAAUGCUGCUAUGGCUUGACAUAAGAAAUGAUAUGGCUUGACUUCUAAGAAACAAACUAUCUAUAAAGCGUGGAAGUGUCAUGUAGUAGCUUAAUUACACACAGCAAUGGAAUGUUCAGCUGUACGCAGGUUUAUUUGUCACUGUACAGUAACUUAUUGAAAUAAAUCUCUUACAAACCAA